CAGUUAGACUGGAGCUUUGUGCAGAGAUUUUUUAGCAUCCAGAAGGUCCUGUUUCCAACAUGGACCAGUCAGAAUAUGUUGAUGUUUGCAACACUGUUCAGCAUCACUCUGACAGAGCAGCUACUCGUUUUCCAAGUGGGUAUCCUUCCAAGUCAGUUCUACAAAGUGUUGGCUGACAAGGAUUACGCAGCCUUCAGGAACCUGGUGGGCCUAGCUGUAAUGCUCAUAGUUGUCAACUCGACAUUAAAAAGUCUGGACCAGUACAUAUGCAGUCAGAUGUAUGUUGGCUGGAGGAGGACCCUAACUGAGAGCCUCCAUGCAGCCUACUUCCAGGGCAGGGUCUAUUACACACUCAAUGUCCUCAGAGACGACAUAGACAACCCAGACCAGCGAAUAAGUCAGGACGUGGAGAGGCUUUGUAAGCAGAUGAGCACCAUGGCUAGUCGGCUGAUCAUCUCACCGUUCACCCUGGCUUACUACACAUACCACUGCUUUUACAGCACCGGCUGGAUCGGUCCAGUGAGUAUCUUCUGCUACUUUGUGAUUGGGACCAUCACUAAUAAAAUUCUCAUGGGGCCGAUCGUGACGACUCUGUUUAAGCAAGAAAAACUGGAGGGCGAUUUCAGGUUCAAGCACAUGCAGAUCCGGGUCAACGCAGAGUCUGCAGCUUUUUACAGAGCUGGUAAGGUGGAGCACAUGAGGACGAACUGGAGGUUACAGGCUCUGUUGGAUACUCAGACGCACCUGAUAAACAAGGAGCUGUUGCUCUACAUUGGCGUGAACACCUUUGACUACCUGGGUGGCUUCCUCAGCUACCUCAUCAUUGCUAUCCCCAUAUUCACCGGUGUGUACGACGGUCUCAGCCCCGGCGAGCUCAGUGCACUCAUCAGCAAGAAUGCCUUUGUGUGCAUCUACUUGAUAAAUGGCUUCACGCAGCUGAUAGACCUGUCGACCACCCUUUCAGAUGUGGCUGGAUACACCCACAGGAUUGGGGAAUUACGGGAAGUGAUGGAUGACAUCUUGCGGAGGCAGUGUGACUAUGACCCCACAUCAGGUGACAGCUAUGACUUUGACAGUGACCUGAAUGUCCACGUCGGCCCAGCGGAUACGGCCUUCAUCGUGGACCAACUGUCUUACAAGUCGCCCUACUCAGACCAGCUGCUGGUGGAGGACCUGAGUCUGAAGAUCAGCCAGGGAACCCAUCUGCUGGUGGUGGGAAACACGGGCACCGGCAAGACCUCGCUGCUCAGGGUCCUCAACCGUCUCUGGGAGGCCCACAGUGGUUUUGUUCAGAUGACCACAUGCUUCGGGCCCAGAGGAAUUCUCUUCCUGCCACAGAAGCCUUACCUAACAGAUGGGACGCUCCGCGAGCAGGUGAUCUACCCUUUGAAGGACAUAUACCCUGCAUCAGGGACUGUGGAUGAUGACAGAAUUAUACAGUUCCUGGAACUAGCAGGGGUGUCCAGUCUCCUGAAGCGGACAGGCGGGCUAGAUCAGAAGGUUGACUGGAAUUGGUAUGACGUGCUGUCUCCAGGCGAGAUGCAACGUCUCUGCUUUGCACGACUUUUCUACUUGCAGCCCAAAUAUGCCGUGUUGGAUGAGGCCACCAGUGCUCUGACAGAGGAGGCGGAGGCCCAGCUAUACAGAGCCUGUAAGCAACUCGGCAUGACCUUGGUCAGUCUGGGACACCGCAGCAGCCUGGAGAAGUACCAUGAUGUCCUGCUGAAACUCUGUGGAGAAGGCCGCUGGGAGCUGACCAAGUUAAAAGGGGGCGGCGGCAGCCUAAAUCUUAGAGAAGCAAGCAUGUGACGUAACAGGAAAUUGCUCAUCAUUUCUGGAGAAGCCAUGGAAGUCUGCAUGGAAGAGGAGACCCAGAAACACUCCAUCUACACCAGCCACCUAAAAGACCUCGAUCCACAAGCGGUCAGUGGAAGUGCUUAUCGGUCAGUAAGGACACAGCCGAAUACGUACAUGGAUGGAAAUCUUCCCACCCCGUGUAACCCCAUGGCCUUAGCUCAGACAUAGGGCGAAUGUGUUAUGCCAACUUCUGUGUUUUAGUAAGGUUGGGUUGGGGUUUGGGGUGGGCUGACUGAUUGCUGUCUUUCAGGAGAGAAGUGGGUGGUGGCCCCUGGACUUGAAUCACUAAUCCACUCAGUUCUGCGAUUUCCUCUGUUUUGGAUUAAGUUUAGUGGUAAGGGAGCUGAACUCAGUUGCACUCCAAAUAAAUUUUAUUUAAGUGCCGUUAAAAAUCUUCCUUUUGGCU